AUGAGAGACAAACUGACAGCGAUCAGGCGUUGUGCUGGGCAUUUCUGUUGUCCAGGCAGGAACGUUUCAUGCUAUGUUGAAGACUGCUACUGUGACCAAGCAUGCACUAUACCUUUAGACUGUUGUGAUGAUUAUUUUGCUGUAUGCGAACAAGCAACCUCAACUACGACAGAAGGAUCAAGUACUUCUCUUCCCAGAACCCAAACUACUAUAAUUUCUACAACCACAACACAAACAUCACCCCCUUCAACUACAACAAUACCAGAACGUACAACAACAACUCCAUCUUUUCCUGCAACCACAACAACAACAUCUCCUCCUACAACAACACCUACACUUCCCUCCAUUACUACACCUCCCUCCACAACAACAACUACACCUCUCUCCACAACCUCAUCAUCCCCAACAACCACAGCUACUACUUCUCCUACAACCUCAUCAUCCCCCACAACCACAACUCCCCUCACAACUACAACUAACCCCACAACCACAACUACACCUCCCUCCACAACCUCACCACCCCUCACAAUCACAACUACACCUCCUCCUACAACCACAUCUCCCCUCACAACUACAACUAACCCCACAACCACAACUACACCUCCCUCCACAACCUCAUCACCCCUCACAACCACAGCUACACCUCCUCCUACAACCACAUCUCCCCUCACAACUACAACUAACCCCACAACCACAACUACUCCUCCCUCCACAACCUCAUCACCCCUCACAACCACAACUACAUCUCCUCCUACAAACACGUCUCCCCUCACCACUACAAUGAACCCCACAACCACAGCUACACCUCCUCUUACAACCUCAUCUUCUCCCACAACUCCAUCACCCCCCACAACCUCAACUCCACCAACAACCUCAUCUUCUUCCACAACCACAACUACACCUCCCUCCAUAACCUCAUUUCCCUCAACCACCACAAUUAUAUCGCCUCUUACAACCUCAACUCCCCCUACAACUACAAUUACACCUCCUUCCACAACUACACGUUCCAUCACAGCCUCGUCUCCCUUUUCAAGAACCACGACCUUAUCAGCCCCCACAACUGCAACUAUCCCUCUAUCUACAGUUAUAUCUUCCCUCACAACCUCUUUAUUUCUAUCUACAACCUCAACAACUGUAAACAACAGUGAAACAACAGCAUCUGCAAGAGGUCACUGUGAUGGCUAUAAGUGUUGUCCUGGCCAGAACAAUUCAUGUGUACAGUCUAAGUGCUGUCCAGCAAAACGCUGCUAUUGCGAUGAAGCAUGCAUUCAUUUUUCAGACUGCUGCCAGGACUAUGUUCCUACAUGUAAACCAGUGCCUGGUUCCAUCACCAAUUUGACUGCAAGUAACAUCACCACAAGUUCCCUGCUUCUGAGAUGGAUAGCUCCAUCUGGAAAUGUAGGGAGCUACAGAGUUGAAGUCAGUGGACCGACUGCUCAGUCUCUGACAGUGAGCACUUCAUCAUUUCAAAUUACUGGGCUCAUACCUGGAAGCAAUUACUCCCUGCAAGUUGUUGCUGUAGCUGCAGACAAUGUUACUGUUGGGGCUUCAGUUUCCAUCACAACAUUUACAGUGCCUGGUCCCGUCAUCAAUUUGACUGCAAGUAAUAUCACCACAAGUUCCCUGCUUCUGAGCUGGACAGCUCCAUCUGGAAAUGUAGGGAGCUACAGAGUUGAAGUCAGUGGACCGACUGCUCAGUCUCUGACAGUGAGCACUUCAUCAGUUCAGAUCACUGGGCUGAGCCCUGGAAGCAAUUACUCCCUGCACGUUGUUGCCGUAGCUGCAGACAAUGUUACUGAAGGGUCUCCAGUGUCCAUCACAACAUUUACAGGAUUUCCAGUGACAGCAAGACUUCAGCUGUUAGUCCAGAGUUCUACCGAAAUUACUGAUAGCGUACAAGAAGUCUUCCUACAGGAGCUUAAUGCAACGAUUCAGAACUACAUUGAGACCAUGAAGUUUAAUAUAGCUGUCAAAGGAAUAAGAAGAAAGACUAAUUAAGAUCACAACUUGAAAUAUUCUAAUGGAGGAACUGCAAGGUAUUUCAGUUAAAGCAUACAAUAUUUAUCUCUUAAAACAUUGCUUUGCUGCUAGUGGACAGAAUAAUGAAUAUUUUUAUUUUUAAAAUGCCAUCCCUAAAUGGACAAAUUGGUAUAGUUCAAUAUAAUCUGUCAUGAGUGUAGUAUUUCAUGUUCCUGCGGAAACUCUUGACACCAUAAACUAUUGAUAAUACACACCUGACCUAUACAGUAUACAUCAUACAUUGUGUUUGUUCGAAACAAUGUCUCUCUCGCAUUUUUCUAAUACAACAUUAACAUUCCAGAUGAAACCUGCUAUUCGAAGAUAGUAGGAGGUAACUGUCAAGCUGGAUUCCUACAUAAGUAUUGUUUGUUCUCAUUAUCACAGUCACUCUUCUCCAAACCAACUUGUAAUUCUGCUUUUCCUUUUUCUGUCCUGCUUCUCAAACACAGAUUAGUCUGACCAGCUUGCAAAACAUGCUUGAACAUCACAGAUAACUUAUUUUAUUCUAAAGUUAAAGUUGUGAAAUCCUCAUAAA